UCCCUGCUGCAGACUAUGUCAGAGAGCCACAAUGAUCAUGCAAAAUAACAGCUCAGCCUCACCCCUGUUUUCAAAUGUGAGCUCCUUCUGGAAGAGAGAUUCACAUGGACCAGGACUUCUUGAUGAAGCAGCGUCACUCAUUGGCAGCUAUGAGUUCCCUCAGACCACAGAGAGUUUUCCCUUCUCCACUGUGGAGUCAACCAACAUGUCCCUAAAUGCCACAAGCAAAGACCCUCUGGGUGGACACACUGUCUGGCAAGUAGUUUUGAUUGCUUUCCUCACUGGGAUCCUUGCACUGGUGACCAUCAUAGGAAACAUCUUAGUGAUUGUUGCAUUUAAGGUUAACAAGCAACUGAAAACAGUCAACAACUACUUCUUGCUGAGCCUUGCUUGUGCAGAUUUGAUCAUCGGUGUUCUUUCCAUGAAUCUUUACACCACGUACAUCAUCAUGGACCACUGGGCUUUGGGAAGCUUAGCCUGUGAUCUUUGGCUCUCCAUUGACUAUGUUGCCAGUAAUGCCUCUGUCAUGAAUCUCCUUGUCAUAAGCUUUGACAGGUAUUUUUCCGUCACUAGGCCACUAACAUACAGAGCCAAACGAACAACCAAAAGGGCUGCAGUGAUGAUUGGUUUAGCAUGGUUCAUCUCUUUUAUUCUUUGGGCCCCUGCCAUUUUGUUUUGGCAGUAUGUUGUGGGGGAGAGGACUGUGCCUCCUGAUGAAUGUUUCAUCCAGUUUUUAAGUGUACCUACCAUCACUUUUGGCACUGCCAUAGCUGCCUUUUACUUACCAGUCACUAUUAUGAGUAUUUUGUAUUGGAGGAUCUACAAGGAGACCGAGAAACGCACCAAAGAGUUAGCAGGGCUCCAGGCUUCGGGCAGCGAAGCAGAGGCAGCACGCUUCGUACACCAGACAGGCAGCUCCCGCAGCUGCAGCAGCUAUGAGCUGCAACGGCAGAGUGCCAAACGCUCUGCCCGAAGGAAAUGCAGACGCUGCCACUUCUGGCUCACAAUGAAGAGCUGGGAACCCAACACAGACCAGGUGGAUCCAGAACAUAGCAGCAGUGACAGCUGGAACAACAACGAUGCUGCUGCCUCCCUUGAAAAUUCAGCCUCCUCUGACGAAGAAGACAUUGCCGCAGAGACCAGAGCCAUCUAUUCAAUUGUGCUGAAACUUCCUGGUCACAGCGCUAUCCUGAAUUCCACAAAACUACCCUCCUCAGAAGAUUUGCAUGAGUCAGGGGAUGAACUGCAGAAAUCUGACACAGAAUUGAAGGAAAAGAAACCUAAAAAGUUGCAUCCUGCCAAAAGUGUUCAGGAUGGUGGAAAUUUCCAGAAGAGCUUUUCUAAGCUUCCAAUUGAGCCAGGGUCAGAAGAGACAACCACAGCUUCUGAUGGCAUCUCAUCAGUGACCAAGACAUCUGCAGCCCUGCCCUUGUCCUUCAAGGAAGCAACCCUGGCAAAAAAGUUUGCCUCGAAGACCAGAAGUCAGAUCACAAAGCGGAAACGAAUGUCACUUAUCAAAGAAAAGAAAGCAGCACAGACACUCAGUGCCAUUUUGCUUGCCUUCAUCAUUACCUGGACCCCAUAUAACAUCAUGGUUCUGGUGAACACCUUUUGCAACUGUAUCCCCAAAACUUUCUGGCACCUGGGGUAUUGGCUUUGCUACAUCAAUAGCACAGUGAACCCCGUGUGCUAUGCACUGUGUAACAAAGGAUUCAGAAACACUUUCAAGAUGCUGCUGCUGUGCCAGUGUGACAAUCGAAAACGACGCAAACAGCAGUAUCAGCAAAGGCAGUCUGUCAUUUUUCAUAAGCGGAUCCCUAGGGAGGCUUCAUAGAAUAGUAUUUUUUAAACAAUUCAAAAAAAAAAUGAAGCAGGGAUGAGAUGGGACAGGAUGGGGUGGGAUAGGACAGAACAGGAUGGGAUGGGAUGGGACAGGAUGGUAUGGGACAGG